AUGGAUUUCUUGAAGCGCUUCACGAAACAAUCUUCUUCUUUAGCAGAUGAUACACCAGAUCCAUAUGCCGACGACGAUAUCUAUCCAGGGCAUGUACUAGAUGACACGAAGACUUUCCGCAGCAUCUUAAUCACAUGGACACUCUGCUUUAACAAUGCCGAUGGCACACUAGAAAUCCACGUCCCCCGCGCCUUCACAUCAUCCCGCCCCGCCUUCUCCUACACACACGACAGUAUCAAUACUUCCAUCCAGGACCACGAACUAGCCAGGAAACUGCCCCUAUCACCCGACGGAAGCAUUAAAAUCAGUCCCGGACCCACAGACUUCAACGACCUAGCCGCUUCACCCUCCGCACCUGCAACAAUCGAAGAUCUCCUCUCCGGGGACGUACCCCAGAUAUCCGUCCACAUAACCUCCUUCACCAAUGCAACGCUUGUGGGCUUAUCAUGGCCGCACACUCUAAUGGAUGUCAUGGGCCAAGCUGCUUUUCUUCAAGCGUGGUCGACGCUAUUAGCCGGUCGGGAGGCCGAAGUACCGCCCGUGCUGGGUGCACGCGAAGACACAUUGGCGGCGUUGACUGAUGGCGCUACCAGCGCGGUGGAAGAAUACGUGCUCAAGUCCAAACAGCUGAAAGGACUGAGUCUUGUGAAGUUUGGAGCGAGAUUCGCGUGGGAUAUGUUGACAGGGCCGAAGCCGGUGACAAAGACGAUCUAUCUCCCUAAGAGCGUUAUGGGGAAGUUGAGGGUGAGGGCUGAGGCAGACCUCUUUACUUCUUCUGACAAUGACAACGACAAUGAUGACACUAUGAGAGAGAAGGAGAAACCAUUCAUAAGCGAUGGCGACAUCAUUACAGCAUUCACCCUCCACUGUAUCGCCUCCUCCCUUCCAACCCCGCGCCCCUUAACCGCUCUACACGCAAUGAACGCCCGAUUCCGCCUCCCAUCCCUGAUCGAUGCGAAAGGUGUAUUUCUAUCGAAUAUGCUUAUCCCCGGCUUCACUUUUCUGGGCCCCGCCGUGUCUACCGGCCCCUUAGGUCAGACUGCUCUUCAUAACAGGCAGAGGUUGUUGGAACAAGCAACAGAAGCCCAAGUACUAGCCAGUCUGCGUGAACAACGCAUAUCUGGCGACCCUUCCACCCUCCUCUACAGUGACCCGGAUGCGUUGUUGGUGCCGUUUACGGAUUGGACCAAGGCAAAGUUCUUCUCUGUGAUUGACUUCUCUCCAGCGGUGAUACGGGCGGGUGGUGGUGAUGGAAACGGGGAGGAGAGCGGGAAUGACGGGAAGAGGUAUAACCCACCUGGCACACCCGUUUUUCACCAUGCAUCGAGUAGGAGACCGAAUCCUACGGCGAGGUUGCUGGUGCAUAUUUUGGGCAGGGAUCAUGGUGGGGGGUAUUGGCUUACGUUGACUAUGAGCCCAGGGGCUUGGGAGAAGGUUGAGAAAGGGUUGAAGGAGUUGAGUUGA